UGCAUACACACAAAUCACACAAGUGACAAAACUGUUGCUUCUGCAGUUUAUAAUCCUGACACAGUACAGAGAUUCACUAACCGGUGUGUGUGUGUGUGUGUGUGUGUGUGUGUGUGUGUACUUGUGUAAGGGCGCGCGUGUGUGUGUGAGUGUCAGUUCAGCAGGAGAUGAACAGUAAGACCUGCAGCGCGCGCCCGGUGGGGGGGGAAUACUUUUUGUUAUAUAGAUAAAUAUUAAAGAAUAAAAAGAAUAAAAGCGGCAGAAGGAAGGCGAUGAAGAUGAGUAUAAGGAUGAUGAAGAUGGAGAAAUUUCCGGCUGAAGCAGAAGAAUUAAACACACUCAGCUGAUUUGUCCAUGGCGCGCGCGCGGCGGUGAGGACAUCCUCCGGUGCGAUUCGAGCUCGAGCUCCGGUGUAACGGAACUGCACUUUGACUUCCUCACCGCGUUCAGUUCUCAUACACUUCAUUCUGGCCGGCCCCGUGCCCUCUAAAGGAGAGGAGGACUUCCUCUCUAUAGCGGCGUCUCGUCUCAGCCGCAGGAAGCGUGUGAUUGGUGCGGCAGUGGGCGUGGCCAUGGUGCUGGUGUUACUGGUUGCCAUCCCUUUACUGGUCCACAGCACUAAGCUGGGCGGAGUCGGAGGCAGGAUUGGAGGAGGAGUCGAAGGGACACAUUAUGAGAUGCUGGGUAGCUGUAAGAUGGUGUGUAACUCUCUUACACCCUCUAAUGAACUCACACCCGUGUCUCCGCCUCCCCAGGAUGUCCCCACGCGUAGGUCUGGAGGGAAACCCAGCUUCCGUGGCAUACCAGGUCUACCGGGACCUCCAGGACCUCGAGGACCACCUGGAGAGCCAGGUAAACCAGGUCCUCCGGGUCCACCAGGUCCGGGCCCAGGAGGAUAUGUCCCGUCAUUCUACAGUCCCAAAAUAGCGUUUUAUGCUGGUCUGCGCAAACAGCACGAGGGCAGCGAGGUCCUGAAGUUCGACGACGUGGUGACAAACGUGGGAAAUUAUUACGAGCCCACCACAGGGAAGUUCACCUGCCCUUUACCUGGGAUCUACUUCUUCACCUACCACGUCCUCAUGAGGGGAGGAGAUGGGACCAGCAUGUGGGCUGACCUCAAGAAGAACGGACAGGUGCGAGCGAGUGCGAUUGCUCAGGACGCAGAUCAGAAUUAUGACUACGCCUCCAACAGUGUGAUCCUGCACCUGGAUGUGGGAGAUGAAGUGUGUGUGCAGCUGGAUGGAGGGAAAGUUCACGGAGGAAACACCAACAAAUACAGCACCUUCAGUGGGUUCCUCAUCUACCCUGAUUAACACACACAUAUUCACACACACACACACACACACACACUCAUUGCAUACACACACAGUCUGGUGUAAGGUCACUGCCCAUCUCAUCUGAUGAGACAUGCUCAGUGAACAGAAAGAAACAGAUGUAGAGAAAGAGAGAGAGAGAGAGAGAGAGAGAGAGAGAGAGAGAGAGAGAGAGACUUUGACUUUUACAAUCCUUUAUUUGACACAAGUGUUAUAUAACUAAUGGUAACAGGUUCGACCCAUUAGUUAAAUAAAUAGAUAAAUAAAUUAAUAAAAUGUUAAAUAGACAAUUAAAAUUAGACAAUGUUAAAAGUUGGGCCGGAAUCGUUCAGUUUUUUCCUCUUUUAUAGAACACAGAGCUUCAUUACAACACCACACAUCCUUAAACAUCUCUAGCUCCACCACACACUCCUACACAUUCAAACUUACCACAAUCCUGGAUUUCAUUAGUCUGGAAAAGAUUCUGAUUGUGUCACAGUCAGCAUUUUGUGUUAUUUUGUUUUUGCUGCUCAGGUAUGUGCCCAUUUUCACUGCCCCUAAAAUAAAAUAAAUCAGUUGGCACACAAACCUGUUUCUCCUGAUGUUCUUAAAACCAAGAAUAAAACACUGAACAGUAAAAUCACAUUAAAGGAACUUAAAAUAAGUUUUAAAAGCAAAAACAGUGACUGUAACCUGGAGCAGUGAGUAAAAGUGUGAAAAACAGUUUCUCUCUGUGAACUGAGUCCUGUAGAACAUCAGGGUUUAAAAUAAAAGAGUUCACAGAGAUGAUGCAGUGUAAAAUCCUCCACUGGAGCUCGGCAGUGUUUUUGGUUAACAGUGGUUUGUACAGUGUCUCCACUCUGGUUUAAUAUCAUCAUUAAAACCAAGAACAUUUCUCCACUGGGGGUCCACCAUCCCACUCAGUUUAUUCUUAUUUAAAACCUCAACACAGACCCUGUAGAGCAGCUUCUUCAACACUGCUUCAAAGUUCAUCUCCCCUCCACCCAUGCACUCCCGGAAGGGGUCAUGACAUCUGUCGAGGUUAGGAGCGAUGUCCAGCUGGGGAAAGAGUUCCUUCUCUGCACAACUGUUCUCGCCGAUUUCAUAGUCCUUCAGCUGAACACACUCCUCUGCUGUUAGUGUGGACCUCCAGUGGUGUAGGAGCUGGUUAGGGACCGGAGUCCUAUUCGUGCUGCAAGGUCCUCCACUCGUGACAGGUCUGUCACUGCGAUGUUCACCAGCUCUCAGAGUGUAAUGAUCUUUGAGGAGAUCCGAGCUCUAGAAAGUGUGGGGGUGGUCGCAACAGAGAAGUCCUGACCACUCCAGUAGACCAGGGGGGUUCCUCCAGCAGCCAGUGUAGUGUUCAACAUCCCUUAGUCAGGUUUUUAAAAAGGCCAUAUUUUAAAAUAUCGACGGCAAAAAACUGGUAAUCCACCAACAUCCAAUGUGUGCAUCAAAACAAAGUUCUGUUCAGCCCCAGUCCUUCCACCAUGUGCAGAAGUCCACUGGCUGCUGUUAUCCAUACCAGGUUUCUGACCCACCUGAAGAACCAGUGUCACUACUGUGCACUGACUGUAUAAUAUAUAUGCCUCUGUCAGCGCAGGCAGCUCCAGCACUGCUCCAGAGUCCGCUGUGACUUUUUCAAUGUUUGCACAAAUUAUCUGAGUCCACCUCAGCUGAGUAAAGCUUCUCCUGAACAACACUUAGAGACACCGUGUACACGUCACUGUCUUUCAGGACAGGUGUGAACAAGAUGCCCAAUCUGACCACAUUUAAAACAUUUGAUUUCUGCAUCGGAAGAAACAAAAAUGUUGUCAAAACCCUCAAUCCGAACUUAAAAAACAUGUUUAGUUUAAGUUUAACCAUAAAAAAUAUUCUUCUGAAAGAACACAGAGUAUUUAAUAAGUGUUGACAGCAUAAAUGUUUUGCAGGAGAACUGAGGGGAGAAACCAGUAUACAUUCAUUACGCAGCACAGUUCCUUUCUGGAGCAGUUUAGUCACUUUACCCACAAUUUAACUGUUCUUACGGGAGGCAGAGACAAUAUUCUCAUGCCCCACCACAUUUCCAACCGCUAGCACACACUCCUUUACAUUUACACACACACACACACACACACACACACACACACACACACCACCUGCACACUUUGCCUGCGAGUCAAACAGCCUCAUGCUCGAUCACACACACACUACACACUUAUUCACAC